AUGCGUAUAUGCGCCGGCGUCUUCGAGCCCACCUUCUCCAACUUCUGGCAAGACCCCGAACAAGAUAAAGGCUACGCUCAAGUCGACAUCAACGUCUCUCACCCCAUAAAAUUAACCCGUCUCGCCAUCAAAAAGAGUCUUCAGCGCGGAAAGCGCGCCUCAGUCUGCAUCAUAGCCUCCAUUGGCGGUCUCGGCGGCAGCAUCGCCGCUCCCCUCUACUGCGCAACUAAGCACGCCAUCAUCGGCUUCGUUAAGUCCAUGACGGCCUCUGAGUCCUUUACCGGCGUCAAAGUCACAACGAUUUGCCCUGGCCUUGUGCACACCCCACUCUUCACCAAUGAUAAGAAAGAGCAAUAUUCUUUCCAUGAGAACAAGGCGCUGAAGCCAGAUGAUGUGGCGCGGGGAAUGCUGGACUUGAUCCAGAAGAAGCAGUAUGGCUGUGGCACGGUAUUCGAGAUUAGCAUGGCGGGGACAAGGGUAAUACCCGAGUGGAAUAUUGCGCCGCCGAGUGCGGAAGGGACAGGGCAGAAUGAGGCGGAGAUGGCAGCAGGAUUGAAGGCGUUGUUAGGGCCGAUCCAAGAGAAGUUAAGGGGGGAGAUGAAGAAGUCAAAACUGUGA